UAUUCAGCGAUGACUUGUAUUGAAAACACCUGUUAAUAUUGUUUUUCUCAGGAGAUGAAAUCAAAAUAAAAUUGCACUCGCAUAGAAAAAAAAACAACAACAACUUCCAUUUCCUGUUAAAUUAACGUCACCGGGCGUUAGGCGCUUCACACCUUGACGUAUGUGUGUGGCUGUUUAGUUUAUUUUACUCAUCCCGAAGGAGUGUCAAUUUAAUUUUUUUAAAGUUUUCAAGCAGUUUUUGGUCUCAUUUACUGCAUUACGUUUCGUUCGUAAAGCCUUGCCGUGUUUGGUCCUUCGGUAGAGGCUCACCGUCGAGCAUCAAAGCGCUAUGGAGAGGACCUCCGAGUCAGAUUCUAAGUACUGGGACUGCCACAGGGACUAUGAUGAUGAUGAUGAUGAUGAUGAUGAUGAUGAUGAUGAUUGCUUCUUGGAGUCUAAGGAGACAAUGAACAAUUGUUCUAAUGAAGGCCAGCUCCUCGUCGGCAUGACUUUUGUGAUCGAUGCAUGGAACCAAAUCUCAGUGGACAUGAAAAAGAAGGCGGGGCAUAUGAUGAGACUUUCCACCUACUGGGUGCCCCUCCUGCUUCAGAGUGACCCCAUGUGCACCACCUUCAACUGGGCUACGAGCAUUGGCCUGAUCCACAGACAUGAUCCCACCAUUGCGAAUCUGAAGAUGCUGCGCAAGGUUGAAACCCUGGAGGCGAUUCUCAGAGCGAUGGAGCUCGGUUCGUUUUGCGAAGAAAAAACAUCUUAUCUCAUCUUCAUAAAUGCCUGCUUGAUGGCGCAAAUGCCGAGGGCUCUCGACGACGCUUUGCUGUGGCUGGAGCUGACGGGAGAGCCUGACAUCAGAGCUCGUGUACUGAAGCUGGGCGGCAAUUUCACCUGCUUCGCAGCUUUGUGCUACAUCUUCAAUAAGUUUUUUAAGUACAUCCGUUACAUGGGGAUAUGUAAGAUGCGGUCGACGGAACUAAUAAGAAUAAGGCCCCCGGAGCACCUCCUAGAGGAAAUUGAUGUUCUCAAGAAACGAGGGAACGAUCUAUUUCAGGAGGAGAAGUACGAAGAAGCAGCAGCUGCUUAUUCUAAAGCCAUCAAAUGUUUCCCUGAAAACCACAUCAUCUUUGGCAACCGGGCGCUUUGUUAUAUCCGUUGUAAGAAAUAUCUAAAAGCUGCUGCUGACGGAAAACGAGCCACUCUAAUAGAACCGCUCUGGACCAAGGGCCACUACCGCUACUGUGAGGCCUUGUUCCUGUUGGGCGAGGUCCAGUGGGCCUUGAGCGCCAACAUCUCAGCACAGAGUCUGUGCAAGCAGGACUGCGAGGGGGUCAAAGACCUGGAGCAGCAACAUGAGAAGUUUAUGAGCAAAAAAAAAGGCGGCGAAGAGAAAAAUGUGAAUGCUACGGGACACUCUAAGAAAGAUGAGAGUAAAGGAAGACCCCCUAAGAAAGAUCUAAGUGCCACACGAGACUCAAAGAAAGAUCAGAGUACAGCGGAACUCUCUAAGGAAAGUGAAAACUCAAGUAAAUCAGAGGUCACUACUAAGUCCAGGAAAAGAGAGGUCACUAGCAAGUCCAAUGUGCCUGGGACAGAGCGGCCAUCAGCAGAAGGCAAUUGCAGUCGUAAUGAUAAUAAUUAUUAUAAUAAGAGCAAUGGGCUGCGCAAGGUGGUCGGAGGCAAAAAUAAUAAUCAAAGACAAUCAGUAGUUGAAGAGUGGCCAGCAGUAAAGACAGUUUCCAUUGCCGGUAAAGAUCCCCCCAACACUCCAAAGAAGAAAUCCAAGAGCGCCAAUCAACUUGAACAGACAAACCCGCCCGAGGGCACCGACAGCGCCGCCUCGAUCAAAGAGAAGCUGAGAUUGCUGAUACAGGACGCCCAUUCUUCCCUGACCAGCCAGUGCAGCUACGACUCCCAGCAGGCCUUCGGCCAGGCGUUGGUGCUGCUGGACACCAACCCGCCCGAGGAAAUUGGAAUCUCCGCACUGGAUAUGCAGUUGUUGCUUUUUGGCCGUGUAUGCGCCCUGACUCAUAUCGCAAAGCCUGAGGGGUUGGCAGAAGCUCGAAGACUCCUGGAGAAGAUCAAAUCGUACGAGGAGAGGGUUUUUCAGUGUCUGAUUUGCUAUGCCGCCGGGAUGAUUUACCUCAAAGAGAAUAGAUUUGCGGUUGCACUGGAAUAUUUUCAAGAUUCCAUGCAGAUGGUGAGGAAUCGGGUAACACCGGGUAAACUCACCUGGCCACUAACAAAAGAAAUUGUUAAAGAGACCCAGCUGGACCAUUUUAUAAAAAGUUUAGAAGAUUCCAUAUAUUUGUGCAAGUUCCCUCCUCGGCCUGAUGGCACCUGUCGAUAUGGCGACUGCCUCUGCUCUUCCAAAAAUAUGUAUAUCACAGACCCCGAUUUUAAAGGCUUUGUUCAGUUAAACUGCAGCCAGAAGUGCCUCAUUGAGUACCACAAUGCCUGCUGGAAAACACUAAAGCCACCGUCUUUUGAGGGUAAAGAGAAGCUUUGUCUGACUCCUAACUGUUCCGGUAUAAUCAAUUCUAUCAAUAUUAUUGACGCAACGGGCUUGGUGAAACACAAAAGUUUGGUCAGCAACCAAGAGGUGACGAUUCCAAAGAAGCCAAAACUGAACCAGAAGCUUCCAGGUGUGAAGAAAUUGAAGGAGAAGGAGAAGGGCCAUUUUAAAAGAGAGAAUAAUAAUCAGACCUUGGAAAAGAAGCCCACUAUCAGUAACGAGGUUCUACCAGGAAACGGCAACACUGUAGGACAGACACAACAGAACGCCUGGUUGCUGUACCGGGAUCGCGUCCUCCUGCAAAUCAGCCAGAUGAUGCAGUUGCUCCGCGAGGAAAAGGGUCUCACGGUGUCGGCCGUGAGCGCAGGGCUCAGGCCCUGGCUGGAGCUGGACUCAGAGCGGGGCAACCACCUCGCCGGCAAGAUGCUCAACUGGGAGAAGGAGCGCCUUGAGACGCUGGAUCAGGCGGCCGAGCUGGUCCUCGAACGGAAGAACCGUGUUUGGGCGCGUGUUUUCAUGCGACUGCUGUCAAGUAAUCUGGAUGUUAAUGUGGAACUCCGUCGCUGGGCGAGGCGGGUCAACGAUGCAGAUCUAAAGGCGGCUAAGUCCUCCGUUGAACGCAAUGCAGACUGCGUGGAUGGCUUGGACCUCACUCCACUGUUGACCUUUGCACCUUUGAUGGAAAUGAUUUCUGAGCGCCUUCCCCUUGGCCCUAACUUAAUAUCAAACCAUGGACUGGCUCAAUAUGUGAAGGAGACCUCGCCAGAUGAAAUGAGACUUUUUAUCUGGACUCUUGAGGAGCAUAGUGAUAUUUACGUUUCGUGUAACAUUUUGCUGGAUGAAUAUUUUGAAAUGAUAGAUGGGCACCUUUCAGUUAUAAAAAAGAGUGAUAAUCAAAAUAGUUUCCCUGCAAGUGGUAAGAGUAGAGCGCGAAAAAAGACGAAGAACAAGGCCGUUCCAGUUUGCUCUGGUCACUGUAAUAAUUUUGCAGACGACGACUGGGACCAAGAAGAUCCAAUGUAUUUCCUCGGCCAAAACGAGACUUUCGGUAUUCCCACCCACCUUCGAGCACAAGUCGCCGACUUUGAGGAACGGUAUAACCGCACCAGACGCACGAGAGAUUUUAAAAUGGUUUUGGACAACAAUCUGGAUCCCACAGAGGAGAAUUUGUAUGACUACUUUGCACAGAUUUUAGAGGAGCACGGUCCUCUCCCGCCCGAUGACCCUUUGCUUCUAGCCGAGAUGGAAAACUUCCCGCCCGUGGCACACUUCAACAUCCGAAAGGCAGGCAGCUUCGAGAACUUCCUGCUAAAAUCCCCUCGCUUCAUAAACAUUGGCGGCUGGGUGGGCCUGGCCGAGCACGCCACUGCCCUGCAGAGCGCCGCCCAUGCGGACCACCCUCAACCUCUCCCUGGAUUUUCAUUCACCCGGAAAGCCAGUCCUAUUCUUAACAAUGUGGACACUUACAAAACUUACCAUUUGGAUCAACAAACUCCACCUAUAAGCAAAGACCCUGUUGAUCAAGCGGGCAACAAUAUUUCACCUGCUGAUUUAAAAUCCUUCGAUCUUUAUACGACCGAGAAGGAUGAAUUCCGGGAAACUUAUACCUAUACAAGGAGUUUAAGUUCAACGCGACCUGAAGAAGUAAUUUUGAAGAAUCCUGCAAAUGUACAGACAUAUAAAACAACCAAGGAGUGCGUUGCAGUGAACACAGAACCUUUGAAGCCUUACGAGUACCUCCAGGGAGAUAUCAACAAAAAGGUCAAGAGCAUGAAAGAAAUGGAGGAGCAGAUAAGCAAAAUGGAAAAUGACAAUGAGGAAGUGGAUCGGAAGCACAAAGAGACCCUUGCAUCCUUGGAGAAAGACAUCCAGGAAAUCAGUACCAACAUACAAGUGACGAACAAAGAGUUGACCCUAUUCCAGAAGAAGCUUGAGGACGAGGUGAAGAAGGACCAGAAGGAGAGGAAGGCUAACCAAGAGGUACUGAAGACCAUCAAGAUGGAGAUGGAAAAAUUGGUGGCGGAACAAGCGAGUCUUACCAAAAGCGUUCGAGUGACCAAGGCCAACUACGAAGAGGAAUUUACUAAGUUCUUGGAGCUAAGCAAUCAGUCAGCAGCUGAGAAGAUGAGUCUGGAGGACGAGAUCAAGCGCUGCAAAAACUCAGUUGCUGCAGCAACCAGGAGGUCCCAAACUGCCCAAUUGUCCAUUUUGGAAAGCAAUCGGGAGCAGCGUUUGCACGGUCUCCACGCUCAGCUGGCCGACGCCAAAUCUCUGCUGGUCAAGUUGGAAGAAAAUGUGCCGAGACUUCCCACCCUGGAAGUGAGCAGACAAAAUGUGAGAGCUAAGGUCCAAGAGCUGGAACAGAAAAUCACUGCUGCCGAGACACAGUACAAGGAGCAGGUGGAGAAAGUCAAAAGUGGCCAAAGGGUAAGAGAUGUACUCAGCACAAGCCAGAGUGAUCCUCAAGUUUCCCUGGUGUCUUCCGAACUGGCUGCUAUGAGCAUUGUCGCAGCGCCCUCGCCGCAGUCGGCGUCAGCUUCCCCUGUCAAGACUAAGAACUCAGCCAGGACGACACAGGCUGGAAACACCGUGUUUGAAAAGGCCAUGGAGAGCCUGACCGCCAUUUUCCCCAACUACACGAGGUGCAGUACCCGCCCCAGAUCCGAUUUAGUUAUUUUUUUUAAGCAUCUGCGUUCAUCCAACGGCGGCAGUCUGACCACGAUGAGCUUGCAGGAUGUGGUCAGCGGAGUGAGCCAACUGAUCGUGGACCAUCAGGAGGCGAUCGCAUCUGGGGCCAAAUCCAGGGUGAGCGGGGUCGGAGGGAUGGCCACGCCCCCUCCGGUUGACCCGCCUCAGGCGUGGAAACAGUUGGGGUGCCAAAGAGCGCUCAGCUCCAGUGCACUGAACUUGGAGGACCCCUGCACCAUCUGUCACGAGGAAAUAAGUGAAUGCGACCGCCAUGUUCUGGACUGCAGACACACCUUCCACAAGGAGUUAUCUUUGUGUCAAGUGCAUCAUGUUGUGGCUGAAGCAGAACACCACGUGUCCCACCUGCCGAAAAUGCGUAUUGUUGCCCGAGGACUUCCCCUCGCUGCCCUCCAGGAGGCGUCAGGGCCCGUGAUGGAAUCUUUUUUUUAUUAUUAUUAUUAUUAAUUUGAUGUUCCCUUUCUCAUUUUAUUUGUGGAUGUGACUUUAUGACUAAUAAAAGUCAAUGUUUACCUGUCA